AUGCAACUGAAGAAUCUCGCGCCUCGCGCGCUUCUGUCGCUCCUCGCGAUCACGCCGCAUCUCGCCUCCGCAUUCUACCUCCCUGGUGUAGCUCCGACCUCCUACAAGCCUGGCGACCAGGUCCCUCUCAACGUCAACAGCAUCAAGCCCAUCGCCUCGCCGUCUGAUUCCCAACUCCAUUCGGUCGUCUCGUACGACUACUAUCACCCGGCCUUCCAAUUCUGCAAGCCGGAGGGCGGCCCCGAAUAUGUGUCGGAGAGCUUGGGCAGUAUUCUCUUUGGAGACCGCAUCAUGACCUCGCCGUUCGACCUGCGCAUGGCGCAGAACGAGACAUGCAAGUCUCUCUGCAAAGUGGAAUAUCCAGAAAAGGGGCUGCAGUUCAUGAAGAAGCGUAUCACGCAGGGAUACAGCAUGAAUUGGCUCGUCGACGGCCUGCCAGCUGGGCAGCAGAUUGUCGAUCAGCUCACUGGCACCACUUUCUACAGCCCUGGCUUCCUCCUGGGCCAGCGCGACGAGCAGGACAACAUCCUCCUUAAUAAUCACUAUGAGAUUUGGGUCGAGUACCACUUGGUGAACAAGGACCCCAACCAGCUGCGCGUUGUCGGCGUGGUCGUUCAACCCAGCUCGAAGAAGUACGAUGGCGAACCCGACUGCAAGGACAACCAUGGCGGAAUCGUCCUUGCCGACAGCGGCUCGCAGGAGGUCAAGUUCACGUAUAGCGUGUACUGGCGCAAGUCCCCGACGGCCUGGGCCACCCGCUGGGACAAGUACCUCCACGUCUUCGACCCCAAGAUCCACUGGUUCUGGCUGGUGGACACGGCCAUCAUCGUGGUGAUCCUCAUCCUCACGGUCAUGUCCAUUCUGGUGCGCGCUCUGAAGCGCGACAUUGCACGUUACAACCGUCUCGAUUCGAUCAACCUGGACGACCUGAAUGGAACGUCUGCUCUCGAGGAGGAUGGCGUGCAGGAAGACUCGGGCUGGAAAUUGGUUCACGGCGAUGUCUUUCGCACGCCGGCCCGACCCUUGCUUCUCUCCGUGCUUCUGGGCAACGGCGUGCAACUUUUUGUUAUGACCGGCUGCACAAUUCUGUUUGCUCUACUUGGUUUCCUCUCGCCCUCGAACCGUGGCUCUCUGGGCACCAUUAUGAUUAUCAUGUACACGCUGCUCAGCUUCGUAGGCGGAUACGCGUCGGCGCGCACCUACAAGUCGUGGCAGGGCGAGCAGUGGAAGGUGAACAUAGUUUUGACGCCCCUGCUUGUACCUGGCAUCGUCUUCUCGUCCUUCUUCUUCCUCGAUCUCUUCCUCUGGGCCAAGCAGUCGUCUGGCGCGGUGCCCUUUACGACCAUGCUCGUUAUCAUCGGUAUCUGGUUCGUCAUCUCCAUACCGCUGUCUUUUGCCGGAUCCUGGCUCGGUUUCCGCGGUCCUGCCGUUGAGCCUCCUGUGCGCACAAACCAAAUUCCCCGGCAGAUCCCCCCGGCGCAGAGCUGGCUGAAGCCUGUCCCCAGCGUGCUCAUCGUUGGCCUGCUGCCGUUUGGCGCCAUCUUUGUGGAGCUGUACUUUAUCAUGAGCUCCAUCUGGUUCAGCAGGAUCUACUACAUGUUUGGUUUCCUGUUCCUCUGCUACGGUCUCAUGAUUGCUGUCGCGGCAUCGGUUACCAUCCUGAUGACUUACUUCCUUCUCUGCGCGGAGAACUACCACUGGCAGUGGAGGUCGUUCAUCGGGGCUGGAAUGAGCGGCGGAUACAUUUUCCUCAACUGCUUGCUAUACCUGAUCACCAAGGUGAAGCUCGGCUCUAUCGGCUACUUUGCGAGCUGGUGGUUCGUCCACCGCAUCUACCGGUCAAUCAAGAUCGACUAG